AUGAUAUGCAUUACGCAAUACUCUUACUCACCAUGGCCAAGAAAUGCGACGGCAAGAGACGCAAACGUAGAGGCUGCGAACGAUGUGGUAACAAAAAGGUUAGCAGCGGAAAAUGGUGCUCGUGUAAUGGUUUCAACGCUGGAAACAAAUGCUGGACAUGUGGCAAGCCAAGGAGAAGUCACCCCAAAGUACCUCGCCGCCUCAGAGGAAGAUCAAGCAUGGUAUCAAGCUGCAAGUCCUUCAAAGGGUAUGACACAAGUCUUGAUUGGAACGGAUCUUCCCAUUGCCAAGAAGUCGGCGGCUGGGAUGAGCGAUGCAGCGCCGUCGCCAUCAGAGAUGACGCCCGUGAGGAUGAGAGCAGUGAAAUCAAGGGCUUUGGGUGCAAAUGGUGUGGUUGUAGUCAGCACUUGGAUGCUUUUGGUGACCGAGUUUGCUGGUGCGAUGCUUGCAGCCUUGACUUUGAUUGGGAGAAUGCCUUUCGUGACCUUCAAAGUUGUGGCAUUUGCGGAUAUAGCCGGCACGUUGAUGAUGUUGGUGAUCGAGUUUGCUGGUGUCAUGCAUCUAGUCGGAUGUUCGACUGGAAGCCCGCCUGGAAGAGUCCAAGCCAAAGAGGAGCCGCCGAAAGGGAUUGAUCGGGCAAAGAAGGAAGCGCCGCGGCCGACACAACAAGCUGCUACUUCCGAUGUCACCACUGAUGGGAACGAUCCCGCUGGGUUUCCCUAUGCCACCGACACGGCUGCAGCCACUUCGGGGACUCGAGAUCCUAAUAAUGGAUCGGUGCCAACACCAGCUUCCAACAGUGUUGUUUCUACCAAGCACAAGGACGCUGACAGAUCAUUGCUUCCUACAUUUAAAACUCCUCCACAUCCACGCAAAACGAAAACGGUCAAGCACAAGAAACCCUGUGCAGUGUCACCACCGACCCCCAUGGAGGCACCGAAGAAUCCAAACUCAAUCGACGACCUCCCCAUUGCCGUUGUUAGUGCUGCUGAACAUGGCAAACGAACCUUCCAAGUGGCGUCCAUGGAUCAAAAGGGUGCAAUCUUGGCAGGAUUUGUCCUACAAACUGUCGACGACAAGGAGAUGCAACGACAGGUAUUGGAUUCAACGGCCAAAAAUUGGGCUUCGAGUUACAUGCAAUUACACCAGUCAAAGUCAACAAUAGCCAAAUUGCUGGCGGAAGCGCUCAAAGAAAAGGCACCCACGGACGAAAUGCAAAGACACUUUGUGGAUACACUCAUUCAGAACUUGGGAAUGGAGGUGGUUUCGUCAGCCAGCCCAAGUGAGCUUGAUGCCAACAGUAUUCCGUCUUUCUCUAUCGCAUGUUGUUCCCCUCAUCCUGCAGUUUCUGUAGAGAGGUCCCCCGACACAGCCACUCCCAACAUCCUUGAGGCUGCAGACUUACCCGAAGAUCCGUCGCUUUUCAUGACGAGCAUUUGA